CUUCCUUCCCCACCCCCUUUUCAUUCGCCGGCCAGCCUGCCGCGAAAAGGACAACUCUGGAAUUGAGUUGUUCCGACGUGCAACGGCUGCUUUCUGUUUAUGAUUUCUAUACCCAUUUCAACAAUUCCAAGUAGAUUUUGUUGUCGUCGAGAAAUCUUGUGGUUAUAUUUAAGGGAUACCAGUCCACUUUUUUGAGAUGGGAUUGAGGAUCUGCAACUAAGAAGCCAUUGAAAUCAACUGGUAUCAUCCAUCACAUUGGUUGGUAUUGUGAAUGAAAACCAGAGUGGCGGUGGUGAUAAAAGAACAGGUGGGAUUUCUGUGAUGGACCUAAGGUUUCGUCACUCGGGAUCAACGCCAUCAGAGGAAUCAGCUUUGGACAUGGAGACUUCACCAUUAGAGUCUUUUGCCACCACAUCUGCUGGUCAACUCUCGGAGACCAAUGCAGCAUACUUCUCGUGGCCUACUUCUUGCCGUUUGAACGAUGCUGCUGAAGAUAGAGCUAAUCAUUUCGACAAUCUUCUAAAGGGAGUUUUGCCCGAAAGGAUCGGUCAACUGCCUACCGGGGAGCGAGCCGUUACUUUGCUUGAACUCAUGACAAUAAGGGCAUUCCAUAGCAAAAUCYUGMRSCRAKKUAGUCUUGSYACUGCAAUUGGRUUCMGKAUYCGAMGGGGKUURCUGACMGAUAUACCWGCCAUUCUWGUCUUUGUYGCUCGUAAGGUUCACAGGCAGUGGCUCAGCCACAUCCAGUGUCUGCCAUGUGCUCUUGAGGGACCUGGGGGUGUGUGGUGUGAUGUUGAUGUCGUGGAAUUCUCAUAUUAUGGUGCACCGGCAGCAACUCUGAAAGAAGAAUUCUAUACAGAACUUGUUGAUGGCUUGCGAGGAAAUUUUCCGUGCAUUGGUUCUGGUUCCCAGGUUGCAAGCCAAAGCAAAUGUGGUACUAUUGGUGCCAUUGUUAAAAGCCGAACAGGAAACCGGCAGGUUGGGUUUCUCACAAAUAGGCACGUGGCAGUUGACUUGGAUUAUCCAAACCAAAAAAUGUUCCAUCCUAUGCCACCAAGCCUUGGACCUGGGGUGUAUCUUGGGGCUGUUGAGAGGGCGACCUCAUUUAUCACAGAUGAUCUUUGGUAUGGCAUAUUUGCUGGGACAAACCCAGAAACCUUCGUUCGAGCAGAUGGAGCCUUCAUCCCUUUUGCUGAGGACUUCGAUAUCUUGAAUGUGACUACAUCUGUUACAGGCAUUGGCGAGAUUGGUGAUGUCAAAGUCAUAGAUUUGCAGUCUCCAGUCAACAGUGUAAUUGGUCAACAAGUGACGAAAGUUGGAAGAAGUUCUGGCUUGACCACAGGGACCAUAAUGGCCUAUGCCUUGGAAUACAACAAUGAAAAAGGAAUAUGCUUUCUUACUGAUUUUUUAGUGGUUGGAGAGAACCAACAAACUUUUGAUCUUGAAGGUGACAGCGGAAGUCUCAUUCUUUUAACAGGACAAAAUGGUGAAAAACCAAGGCCUAUUGGGAUCAUUUGGGGUGGUACAGCCAAUCGAGGUCGGUUGAAACUUAAAGUUGGCCAACCUCCGGAGAACUGGACCAGUGGGGUUGAUCUUGGUCGCCUUCUAGAUGUUCUUGAACUUGAUCUUAUCACAACCAAUGGAAGUCUUCAAGUUGCACUGCGAGAACAAAGGAAUGCAUUGGUGGCAGCAGGGGUUGAAACUGCUAUUGGUGAAUCAUCCUCUCGUGGGUGUAUACCAUCAGAAAGAACCGGAGAGAAUCAUCGGUCACUUGAUCUAAAUGUCCAAAAUGCUCCUCCUUUAGAAGCAAAGUUUGUGCAUGAGGAGGUCCAUGUUGAAGGUGGUACUGAUGCUGCUCAUCACGUCGAAGAACAUCAGUUCAUAUCAAGUUUCCCUUCACAUCAAAUUGGGAAUUUGCAUAGUCGGUCAUCAUUGAGAGAUGGGUCCGAAGGUAUUUCUAUCGGCUUGCAGUUGGGUGAACCAGAGCCCAAGAGAAGAAAGCAUUCUGGUGGUUCGUUGCCUGAUGAAAACGCGAAAUGAACAACCAACAUUUGUGGAAUCUGUAAGUAUUUCCAAGUUUUACAUUCAUUUUCAUUUUCAUUUUCAUUCUCAUUGGUUUAUAAUUUUUUGGCCCUGGCAUGAUAUGGCUGCUAAGGUUGCCUACCAGUCCACCACUUGUUUAGAUUGUAGAGUUCUUUUGAUAAAACAAUGGCUAAAAUGUUGAAAAUAAGUACAUUUCUAGUCCAAUGCUGUUCAAAACCCUACUGUAUUGCAAGUACUACAUGAUAAAUAAAAUAAAUAGUUCAU